AAGCAUGCGUGUGUGUGUGUGUGUAAGAGCUGUAGGGGAGAGGUGUCCAGUUACCAAUCGUGAGGUUUUUGGUUUUUUUUGUCAUUGCAUUAUAUUCAAGGAUAAGCUUGUGGCAGUGGCAAAGACUUCGAGGGGGAAAGGCUGAUUUUUCUGGCCUCCUGGGACCGUGAAGAGGGUUAGAAAGUCGUCUUGGAAGGCAUCAGGAAUCUUGGCCAUGAAGAAGCAGGUGGAGAUGUGGCUGAUGCUGGAUGGGGACCAGGCCAGUAGCAGUUAAUGCUGGCCAUAUUUCCACUUGGACACAGGGCCAGGGAGGUUCCUGCUGUUUGAAGGAAGGCCACUGAGUUGUCCUGGCAGAGCCCGUUGUAGGACUUGGCUUUGUCUUGUUGCUCCUUUUCAGUUGGAGUUUCAUUUAUCUUGUCCUUUAAUACCAGUUUACUUCAACAUGUGGGUUAGGAAUAAUGUUUCCAACAUGUCUGUGCAGUCACUGCUUUGUGAAAGAAUUGCUGUUGCCAAAGACUUGAUUAAGAGAGCGGAAGCUCUUUCCAAGUCCCAGAAAAGAAAAAUAGAAGGCGGAGCAAAGCUAUGUAGCAAACUGAAGGCAGAGCUAAAUUUCUUACACAAGGUGGAGGCAGGGAAAGUGGCCAUUAAAGAAUCCCAUCUGCAGAGUACAAACCUUACCCACCUCCAGGCCAUUAUUCAGUCAGCAGAGAACCUGGAGGAUGUUGUCAGUGUCCUCCAUGUCUUUGCUUACGAGGACAGGUUUGGAGACAAACAGACACUGGUGGUAGAUGUUGUUGCAAACGGAGGUCACACGUGGGUGAAAGCCAUCGGUCGUAAAGCUGAGGCCCUGCAUAACAUCUGGCUGGGAAGGGGCCAGUAUGGUGACAAAAGUGUCAUUGAGCAGGCAGAGGACUUCCUGCAAGCAAGCCGUCAGCAGCCAGUGGAGUACAGCAAUCCCCACAUCAUCUUUGCAUUCUACAACAGCGUGUCCAGUCCUAUGGCAGAGAGGCUCAAGGAGAUGGGAAUAUCUGUGAGAGGAGAUGUUGUUGCUGUGAACUCACUGGUAGAACCAUCUGCAGAAAAUGAGCACCUUGACACCAGUGAAUCAGAUGAAGAAGGCCCUGAACUCCUGCAGGUGACCAGAGUAGACCGGGAGAAUUUAGUGGCCAGCAUUGCUUUCCCUACCCAGAUCAAGGUAAACGUCUGCAAUAGAGUUAAUUUGGACAUCACUACCUUAAUAACUUACGUCUCUGCGCUGAGCUAUGGUGGCUGCUACUUUGUCUUCAAAGAAAAAGUGCUGACAGAGCAAGCAGCCCAAGAAAGAAGGGAGAGAGUCCUGCCUCAGCUGAAGGAGUUCAUGGAAGGAAAAGAGCUCUUUGCCUGUGAAUCUGCUGUCAGAGAUUUUCAGUCCAUCUUGGAAACGCUGGGAGGACCUGGAGAGAAAGAGCGAGCUGCAUUGCUUGUUAAAAGAAUUAACGUGGUGCCAGAUCAGCCCUCGGACCGUGCCUUAGGACUAGUGGCUAGUUCAAAAAUCAACAGCCGCUCUUUAGCCAUUUUUGGGACAGGAGACACUUUAAAAGCCAUCACCAUGACUGCAAAUAGUGGGUUUGUGAGGGCAGCAGCAAACCAAGGUGUCAGGUUCAGUGUUUUCAUCCAUCAGCCACGAGCAUUGACAGAAAGCAAAGAAUCUUUUGCCACACCUCUACCAAAGCGCUGCCCAUCUGAUAAUGGAGUGUAACUCAUUAAGUGAGUUAGUAAUGGAAAAUACUGCAGGUGCUGAAGUGGAGGCAUUUGGAGAAACAGAAGAGUCAUAGCAAUAGUUUUGGGUGUGUAUCCAUGGUGACAGCAACUAGCAGUGGAAGAGCUCCUCAAGGGAUUUGUAAUAUCUUUACUCCUUCUUUGAGGUUAUUUUUUGUCCAACUGACCAUUAAUUUAUUCACUGAAGUAAUAAGAAGUCAAUGAAAAUUUUUAACUGGCUUACAAUGUAUUAAUUUUAUCCAUCCCCAUUAAAAAGUUCAGUUAAAGCAC